AUGUCAGACCUAACGCCCACAUUCACCGACCUCCUCCACAAACAGGACAAAUCCCUAUCCCUGCACUCCCGGCCCCUCACCACCAAAACCGCCGAUGAAUUCCUCAAAGAAGCCUACCGGAUCAAUACACACAUCUCCUCACUUCUUGCUCACCUGCACAAAAUUCGCCCAUCCUAUUUAAGCAUCUCAACUCACUCCGCAACCAAUAAACCCAAACACCGCAACUCCCCCUCAACCGCGCACUCCAGCUCCUCCAAGUCCAAGGAGAAAGAACCCCUCCUCUCCCCAGCCGAGCUCGACAACAUAACAAGCUCAACCUCCUCCCUUCUCCACACCCUCUCCACCUCAAUAUCGAACCUGUCCUCCGCCGAAACCCUCCGCCAGGAAACCCACUCCACCCUCCUCGACAAGAAAUACGGCCGGAAGCGCUCAAAGGCAUCGAGUCUUCUCUUCCAAUGGGCGUCAGGCUCUUCGGCCCUCGGCCAGCAACAAGGUCAGGACGAUGCAGGGAAGAAGCCAGAGCAAGUCAACGACGAGCAAACAGAGAAUCUCCUCAAGAGCGUGCGCGAGAGUAUCCUGUGGUUCCUGAGUCGCCGGCUAGAAGGAACCAUCGAGAUGCAGCGCGAUAUGGUCGAGAAACGGAUCGAGCGGGCGAAGGAGCGGGAGAAGAGUGUUUUAUAUAAAGCUGCGACUUCGUCAUCGCCGGUUCUUAAUUCUGGUUCCGGCUUUGGUGGAGGUGCAGCUGCUGGUGGAGGGGGAGUCUCAAUAUCCGCGCCAUCAACAUACCCCGACGCUGCGCUGGAGUUGACAGAGCCCACGGCUAAAGGGACUACGCUCGAUGCAGCCGAGGUCGCAGCCAUUGAAGCCGAGCUCUCGCCAGAACAACUGCAGCUCUUUGCGGAGGAGAAUGACUCCAUGGUGCGGUAUUACGAGGAUACCUUGAGUAAAGUACAAAAUGCCGAGAAAUCGCUUCUCGAAAUCUCAUCCCUGCAGCAAACACUCGUAACGCACCUCUCCACGCAGGAAGAAUACGUCGGGAUGAUGGUCUCCGAUGCAUCAAACACGGAGACGAAUAUCGGAAAGGGGAACAAGGAGCUGAAGCGCGCGAGCGAGAAACGGAGUGCCGCGCAGGCCGUGUUUUGGGGAACGGUCGGGUUGUGUACCUGGCUGGUUGUUUGGGAUUUAGUUUUUUAG